AUGAUCGGCUUUUUUGUAUGCUUAUCUUUAUCUCUCCAUGUUGAUAUCAAUGGUCAAGAAUAUGAUGGCGACUCUUUAACCGAUAUCAUUCAAAAGUACGGUAUUUCAAAAGAGUCAGUUCAAACAAUUCAUAUUAUCUCCGGCGAUUUCAAUAUGGAUGAAUUUAAAUCCUCUGAAUAUGAAAAUCUUGCUAGUUUCGAACUUAAUUCAGGGUGUUUUAAUGGUAAACUUACAUUUCAAAAUUUUGGAAAUUCAAUUUAUCUCCAAAAAUUAAUUCUUAGAGGUGAUAUCUCAGUUGAUGCUAAUGUCAGUGAUAAAAGUGAUAACAUCGAAGAACUAUAUUUUUCAAAUUUGGAAUCAAUUCCAGAUAAAUCCUUUUAUAAUGCUACCACACUGAUAAAUAUAACAUUACAUGGGCCAAUAGCUAUUCCCGAUUAUACAUUUCAAUUUUUCACAAAAUUAAUAUACUUUUACAGUAAUACAAUAAAUCACAUUGGAAAACACGCAUUUGAAUGUAGUGGAUAUCUCAAAGAAGUUCAUAUUGUCAAUGCAACAUUCAUUGAUUCUGAAGCAUUUAGAUGUUGCCGUCGAUUGGAACAUAUUGAAAUGCCUCAUGUAAAAACAAUUGGACCUAGUGCAUUUGAGUUGACUGAUAAAUUAAAAACAGCUAUAUUUCCAGAUGUGACAAAUAUCGAGAAUCUUGCAUUUUUAUAUUCUGGUAUUAGAAAUAUUAGUAUACUUAAUGUAGUAAAUAUUGGUACACGAGCCUUUGAUGCAACAGUUGCAGAGAUUACAAAAUUAGAUAAUCUCAUUUCAAUUGGUGAAGCGGCAUUUGCUCAGGAUUGGGGAUUACAAGAUAUCGAAUUUCCUCAUCUAAAAGUAGUUGGCAUGAAUGCAUUUGUUUACUGUGACAACCUUACAUCUGUUAAUUUUGGCGAACUUGAAUAUAUUUCUUUUGGUGCUUUUUAUCAAACCAAAAAAUUAAAAAAUAUUAAUAUACCUCAUCUGAAAGUGAUUUCUUCAACAUGUUUUGAAAAUUGUUGUAGCUUAGAAACAAUUUCCUGUGAGGAAGUUACGUCUAUUUCGAAGUGGGCUUUUUGUCGUUGUUGUAAUUUGAGAACAAUUAACUUUCCUAAUGUUAAUGAAAUAGGAAGGGAUGCAUUUUCUGAUUGCUCAUCUUUAAGUUAUGUAAACUUCCCGAGUUUAGUGUAUUUAAAUGAGUCUGCUUUUUCAAAUUGCUCAGAUCUCACAACAGUUGUUUUAGAAAAUGUAAUUUCGAUUGGCGAUGAAGCAUUUAAGGAUUGCAAAUCACUCAAAAAUGUCACAUUCAAUAAUUUGAAAAACAUUUCAGGAUCUGCAUUUUUAAAUUGUGAAUCAUUAACGUAUUUGGAUUUAUCAUCAGUUCUACAAAUGACAGGUGACAGUGUUUUUGAAAACUGUACAUCUUUAGAAACAAUUAUUCUCUCAAAUCUUUCAGUUGUUGAUCCAAGGGCAGAAGAUACAUUUAGUCACUGUUAUUCUCUGAAGAAUAUAUAUUUCGGUGACAAGCCUCCUGAUGUUUUCAAUUCUAUUAUCUCAUUCAAAGGUAUAGAAAUUCAUGUUCCAUAUCUCUCUUCAUGGCUUAACUAUAUUCCUCAAUCAAGAGAAAUCGGACCAUCUUCAUAUGAUUGGCAUGGAUUUAUUUUUAAUGUAACAUCACCAUCACCAACACCAACGCACGAUAAUCAUAAAAAGGCUAAAAUAAUAUUCAUAGCAGUUUCUGUUUCUGGAAUUGUCAUUCUCAUUAUAUUUUGUAUUUUUGGUAGAAAAAGAAGAUAUAAUGGCGUUGAAUCCAAAUCUAUUUUAGAAUCUGAUCAAAUAGAAUCAAUGAUAUAA